AUGGCCAUGGCCAACUCAACUGUGCCUGUCUCAGCUGCUGCUACAGCACAGCCGCCCCCAAUGCAUGACACCCGCCCGUCAGCGUCCCCGUCUCACCAGGACCACGCCAGUAAUAACGUGGCCGUUGCUCCCUCGGACGAGCCAUCUUCUGACAGUAAUAACGACGAUGACCCCCUGUUCCAGGAUGCCGACGAUGCACAGUCUCUCUUCCAGCCCGCCAUUAGUCCCGCUGCGACAAGGCUCACUUCACCCAAGACACCAGCUGCCGAGAAGGCGGCGGCCAUGGAGAAGUUACCCGGCGGUGGUUUCUUCGGUGCUGGAUUCGACGGCCCGCCCGUCUUGGCAUCUGCUCAGCCCACGUCAACAUCACGCAAGUUGGUAAAGCCCUAUCCAAAUCGUCAGAGCCGUGGCUUUUCCCUGGGGCAGUUGCCUCCUGCACGUUAUGAACCUUUGCCUAGACUCCCGUCGCCAUGGCAGCCGGGACCAAAGGAUCUCGUCGUUGAGAAUGAGCCGACCACCUCGAGGCCAGCAAUGGCAUCGGUCUUUGGUACCAACACUCGACCCAGGAGGUCCUCAUCGGGCGGCAACGACGCUCUGAGGAAGCUCAAGGAGGCACUGCCGAGCAUCACGCUACCGACAAAUUUUCUGUCCAGCCUGAAAUCGCCCUCCUUCUUCUCGGACAACUCGUCUCAAAAGAGUCCGAACCCGGCGACAAGGCAAAUAGCUGCUGCCAACAAGACGGACACGAGCCUGACCAAUAGCCAGGAUGCUCGAGGAGUCCAUCGUCUCAGCGGCGACGCUUCAUUGCGCCCGUCUUCGGCAUCCAUAAAGAGGCCAAAGGCAAUCAGGAGAUCCACGUCGGAUGAGUCAAUGCUCUAUCACUCGCUGUCCCGCAUGUCCUCUCUGGGCGAUGACGAUCGGUGGGGAGGCGUCUCGGAGCAGGCCAACGUUAGAUUCAAAGCGAUCAAGGAGAGCUUUGACAGACCGACUUUCAAGCUGCCACAGUUGCCACAUGCCUUGAAGAGACAUUCACUCCUGAGCUCAGAAAUGGCACAUAACAAGGAAUCGGCUCCUGCGACAACAAUGCUGCGUUCAUCAGGUUCUUUCCCAAAGGACAGCGCGAUGUCUGAGCUAGGUCAGGCUCUCGAGAUGUUGACUGGCGACGUCGUGGUCAUGGGUGGCUAUAGAGGCUCCAUUCUGAGAUCAACUAGAACAAAUCGUCAGAUUUGGGUUCCCGUCAAAGUCGGCCUCAACAUUCGAAAAGUCAACCUCGAAGUCGGCCUAGACCCAGAAGAUGAAGAAAGAAUGGAAGGGAGCAUAUACCCCUCGGGUAUGCUCACCAACAUAGGGCCCGUCGAUAUAUCGAAACGCCUGUUCAAGCGACUAAGGGAGAGUGAUAAUGCCAAGAACGGAAAGUUGAGGGUCUGGGAUUAUGGCUGGGACUGGCGGCUCAGUCCGCAUCUACUCAGUCGGAAGCUGAUAUCAUUCCUGGAACAGCUCCCGUGUAACCAGUCAGGAAACCCCCAGGAAAGGGGCGCAACAGUGAUUGCUCACAGCCUUGGCGGCCUGAUCACUCGGCAUGCCAUCAAUCAGCGGCCCGAGCUAUUCGCCGGCGUGCUAUUUGCCGGCACUCCCCAGCGAUGUAUCAAUAUUCUCGGCCCAAUUCGCAACGGCGACGCGGUACUGCUGAACGAAAAGGUCCUCACAGCGCAGGUCAACUUCUCUCUCAGGACGAGCUUUGCCUUCUUACCCGAGGACGGCUUUUGCUUCGUCAAUAAGAACACGGGAGAGGAAUUCCCAAUCGACUUUUAUAAUCCAGACGAAUGGGCGAAACACGCUCUUUCCCCUUGCGUUGCCCCAAUAUUGCCGGCAUACAAUGUUCGACCAAGUGCAUUGGGCUCGUUGCUCAACCUUUCGGGCAGUCUACCUAAUUUGCCCAUGAGGAGCCGCGGCAACAGCUCUGCCAGCGAGCUCACUUCCAGGUCGCCCGUUCGACAAGGCGUCGUGGACGCGGCCCGCAAAGCCGAGGUGCAAAAUGACCAUACGCUGGCUCCGCAAAUGGGCACCCUGUCGGGCCAGGCGCGUGCUUCUCAGCAGCAGCACGCCGAGCCCAAGAGCGCAAACGAGAGGGACAGAUACAUGGAGUACCUAGGACGCACGUUGAGAGACACGAAGCGGUUUCGUGCCGAGAUGCAGCACCAGCCGCAGCUUACAGAGUCCAACUUGUACCCGCCCAUGGCCAUCAUAUACGGCAAGGACAUUCCGACGGUAUACGCCGCGCAUGUCACUAAUCGCGAAGCCAUCCCCUGCGCCGACUGCUAUGACGACCUGCUAUUCCGCAGCGGCGACGGGGUAGUCCUUUCCCGCGAGGCCAUGCUGCCGCCGGGGUACGACGUCGUCAAUGGCGGCCGCAUCAGCACUGACCGCGGUCACAUUACCAUGCUCGGCGACCUACCGGCAGUGGGCAAGGCGCUCCAGGCAAUCUUGAGGGGCCGCCAGAAGGGCAUUGGACUGGGUACUAUUGGCAUGGAGAAGGCCUCUGACCAGCCAUCAUCACCGUCCCCAUCAUCUCCAUAA